UAAGUGUAAGGUGAGGUGACUAACGCUGACGGUGAAAUAUAGAGUAGAGUCAGCAAGAAAGAAGGGGUUUGUACUCUGCAUCUGGCACUUCGGACCUUGCAAGAUCCAGUGCUGUUAUCUCUGCAUUCUCUAAUGGCUCCAAAACCGAUUACGAGUCCUGUGCCCGAUUCGUGGUACCCCACACUCUCCGUAUUUACCCUCGCCAUCGGCCUCGUCUUAACCGCAUCUUUCUUCAUUUAUGAAGCAACCUCUUCUAGGAAAACUCGUUCACUUGUUCAGGAGCUGACAACUGGAGCAGUUGCAUCAGUCUUCUUGGGUUUUGGGUCCUUGUUCCUCUUAAUUGCUUGUGGCGUUUAUGUCUAAUUAAACAUUGAAUUGGAUGAAAAUUUUGUGAAGCAAAUAGUUUUAUAUGACUAAAAGUUAUGUUCUUGAUCUAUCAAUGACAAUGUUGGUUAUGUGUAAUGCUCAAGAAGAUUAUGAUAUAUGAGGAUAGUUUUUAAACUUGAA